AUGGAGUUCAACUUUAUUGGCGACGACUAUGGCCCACUAUUUCAUUACCAAUACCGAAUGAUCUUAAUUGGUGAUUCAACCGUUGGUAAGUCGAGUAUACUGAAAUAUUUCACUGACGGAAGAACGGCAGAAGUUUCUGAUCCGACGGUUGGUGUUGACUUCUAUGCACGGAUGAUAGAAUUACGGCCUGAUUAUAGAGUGAAGCUGCAACUUUGGGACACAGCCGGGCAAGAAAAAUUCAGAUCCAUAACAAGAUCGUAUUAUCGUAAUUCGGUUGGUGUAAUGUUGGUCUACGACGUCUCGAACCGAACCAGCUUCGAAAAUAUUAGCAUGUGGUUCAACGAAGCUGAGAAGUGUGUCGGUGGUCCUAAUCCAGGAAAAUGUGUUUUCAUGUUAGUUGGCCACAAAUCCGAUGAUCAGUUUCAGUUUCAGGUAGACUAUGAAGAAGGGGAGUAUUUUGCUAAAUACCAUAAGAUGAAGUUUAUUGAGACCUCGGCUGUCACAGGAAAGAAUAUAUUUGACGCCUUUUUGAUGAUGGCACAAGAGGUUAAUAAACGCGUGGAGGAAGGAUUGUUACGGCCUGCUGAUGGAUGGGAAGGCGUAAAAAGCGGAUUGAUGAGAAGCCAAUCGAUAAGUUUGUCAGAAAUAAACACGACCUGCAGAGACCAGUCAUGCUCAUGCUAA